AUGGAGAUCGAAAACCAGAGACCCAGAUCCAAUCCUUCUUCAAGAACAGCAAACAAAGGACGUCUCAACAAGUAUGCACUUGCCUGCGCAAUGCUAGCUUCCACCAAUUCAAUCCUCUUGGGUUAUGAUAUCGGUGUAAUGAGUGGAGCUGUGUUAUACAUUAAGGAUAAUCUCAAAAUCUCAAGAACCCAAGUUGAAAUCUUAGUCGGUUCAUUGAAUGUCUGUUCUCUAAUCGGAUCUUUAGCCUCCGGCAAAACCUCCGACAUGAUCGGUCGGCGAUACACAAUAGUACUCUCCGCUGCCACAUUCUUAAUAGGCGCAGUUUUAAUGGGUCUCGCCCCAUCCUUCAGUUACCUAAUGGCCGGAAGAGUCAUCGCCGGAAUCGGCGUCGGAUAUUCCCUCAUGAUCGCUCCUGUCUACACCGCCGAACUUGCUCCGGCGAUGUCACGUGGUUUCCUAUCCUCUCUGCCGGAAGUCUUCAUCAAUAUCGGAAUAUUAAUCGGGUACAUCUUCAAUUACGCCCUUUCCGGUUUACCUGAACAUAUAAACUGGAGAUUAAUGCUGGGUAUCGCCGGUUUUCCUGCAAUCGCGAUCGCCGGAGGUGUAGCGAUGAUGCCGGAAUCUCCUAGAUGGUUGGUUAUGAAAGGCAGAUUGGAAGAAGCCAGAGAGAUUCUAAUUAAAACAUCUGUAGAUGAAGACGAAGCUAACGAAAGACUUCACCAGAUUACAAAGGCGGCGGAAGAUAUUAUGCACACCACCGCCGACGGCGGCGGCGGCUCAGAAAUUUCACAGAGCAAUUGGAAGGGACAGGGAGUUUGGAAAGAGCUUCUUCUUCACCCAACAAAACCGAUUCGACGAAUGCUUAUCGCUGCGAUCGGAAUAAACUUCUUCAUGCAAGCUUCCGGCAACGACGCCGUCGUAUAUUACACGCCGGAAGUAUUCAAAGCCGCCGGAAUCCAUAAACGGAAGCAGCUCGUCGGCGUUACUAUUAUAAUGGGGUUAGCGAAGACAUCUUGUGUGUUAAUCUCAGCCCUACAUUUGGACAAAUAUGGUAGAAGGCCUCUUUUAUUAUUGGGCUCAUCUGGUAUGGCUAUUUCACUUGCUUUAUUGGGCUUGGGCUCAAGAUAUUUACAACACUCGGAUCAAAAACCAACAUGGGCUAUUGUGUUAUGUGUAAUUGCAUUGUGUGCUGACGUGUCUUUCUUUUCUAUUGGGCUUGGGCCCAUUACUUGGGUUUACUCGUCGGAAAUAUUCCCGUCGCGACUAAGGGCACAAGGGUCGAGUUUAGCGGUUUCGGUUAAUCGGGUGGUGAGCGGGGUUGUGUCGAUGACGUUCUUGACGAUUACCGGGAAGAUCACGUUUGGUGGGAUGUUCUUUAUACUGUCGGGUAUAAUGGUAAUUGCGACGGUUUUCUUUUACUAUUGGCUGCCAGAAACCAAAGGCAAGACAUUGGAAGAAAUCGAGUCGAUUUUUGAGGAUAAAUAA